AUGCGUCGCACGCGAGAUGUAAACGAGGAAACUCCGAUCGAAGAGCGGAAACAGAAGAAAAUGCUGGAACUCAAUCUGGAGGGAAAGUUCUUUGACUUCACGAUCACAAUCCAAGAUGAACAUUUCUAUGUUUCCAAGCUCGUGUUAUCUACUAUCUCUCCAUACUUCGCCAACAAGUUCGAGACAGAGUGGAAAUUCGAAAAAAUGGUGAAUCUGAAGCAAAAGCACAGUGUCGAAGCCUUCUCGACUAUGAUCGAGUACAUAUACACCUUCGACUAUGAGCAACAUACCGGGUGGCUUUUUGAUUUCGAGCCUUCCGAAUUGGUAGCCUUCCAUUUUGAACUUUGCCACAUGGCUGAAGUGUACGAGAUCCCUGGUCUCAAAGCGCAAGUGCUGGCGGACCUUCCCUUAGCCGUCAAAACCUUAGACUGUCCAGUAGACUUUUACGAUGUGCUGAUGGACGGCCAAUACAUCUCUGACUCGGAAUCUGGUAAGCUCUUUGUGGCCACCGUCGCGGAUAACUUCCACAUCAUGGAUGCUUUUGCAGACCUGGACAGAGUGAAGCUGUUCCUGGUUAAAACCCCUAUUUUUGCGGCGAACCUAAUCUCCGAGCUUAUGGAGAGACGUUUCUUAAAUAGCCAGUGA